CCACACCGAGUCGCUCCCCUCCCUAUUCGAGCACACACAUCUUGGGGAAAUACAGCUCGACGCUAUUGUCCAUUUAAACCGGUUUCAUUGAUAUUAUUUAUUAUCUAGUCUACUAUUUAUCACUAACUUAGCUGUCUUUAGUUUUGGUAUUAUUGUGUUAUUUUAUUUCUUUUCGGCGUCAAUCAUUCGAAUUUUCUAGAAAAAAAGAGGAAGCGGUUUAAAACCCGCGCAACCAGUCCGAGAAAGAAGAAAGGUUUUUUUUUUUCUUUUUCUUUUGUGAUAAGCCCGGUUUCACAAGAAUGAACAUAACUCCAGGAAAAACAGAGAUGAGCCGCUUUAACAUUUCCCCAGAUGGAGACAGCAGCUCCAGUUCCAACAGUAUCGAGUACUCGAACAAUCCCAUCAAGAAAGUGCCACUGGACAGUCAAUACAGUGACAUGGAUGCAGAAAGUCAAAAUUUCCUUGCUGAUGGAAAGAAGAAAUAUGAAGUUGAAUAUCACCCUGGCACAGCUUCAUUUGGGAUGUCUGUUUUCAACCUGGGUAAUGCCAUCAUGGGAAGUGGGAUACUCGGGUUAUCGUACGCUAUGGCCAACACAGGCAUCGCCCUGUUUGUCAUCCUGCUGGUAGCAGUGUCCAUAUUUUCCCUCUACUCUGUACAUCUGCUGCUCAAGACUGCUAAUGAAGGAGGUUCUAUGGUCUAUGAGCAGUUGGGCUACAAGGCUUUCGGCUUGCCAGGCAAGCUCGCAGCAUCCUGCUCCAUCACCAUGCAGAACUUUGGAGCCAUGUCCAGCUACCUCUACAUAGUGAAGUACGAAUUACCAAUAGUCAUUAAAGCAUUUACAGGAGAUGAAGAUGCAUGGUACACCAACGGAGACUACCUGGUGCUGCUUGUGACACUCGCCAUUAUUUUGCCACUUUCACUGCUUAAAAAUCUGGGCUAUCUUGGCUACACAAGUGGGUUCUCAUUGUUGUGCAUGGUGUUCUUUCUAAUUGUGGUGAUCUACAAGAAGUUCCAGAUCCCCUGCCCUCUACCGUACGACUUUAUUAACAAGACAUUAAACAGCACCAUUGCAUAUCUUAACACCACGGCCACUACCUACGACGAGGAUUCUUGCAAGCCCAAAUACUUUGUCUUCAACUCACAGACUGUCUAUGCCGUACCUAUAUUGACCUUUGCCUUCGUGUGCCACCCAGCCAUUUUACCCAUGUAUGAGGAGCUCAAAGAUCGUUCAAGGAGAAAGAUGCAGGGUGUGGCUAAUGUAUCUUUCCUGGCCAUGUUCGUCAUGUACCUCCUCGCUGCUCUGUUUGGCUACCUGACUUUCCAUGAUGUGGUCGAGCCAGAACUUUUGCACACAUACUCUAUGGUGUACAGAUUCGAUGUGGUGUUGCUGAUUGUGCGUCUGGCUGUGCUGACUGCUGUCACACUGACUGUCCCAGUUGUUCUCUUUCCUAUCCGUACCUCCGUUAAUCACCUGUUGGGCGCCUCUGAAGGGUUCAGCUGGAUCCGUCACACUAUCAUCACAGUGACGUUGUUGGUCGGGGUCAACGUGCUUGUCAUCUUCGUCCCCACCAUUAGGGAUAUCUUUGGAUUCAUUGGAGCUUCUGCUGCUGCUAUGUUGAUCUUCAUCUUGCCGUCUGCUUUCUACAUUAAGCUGGUGAAGAAGGAAUCCAUGAGAUCUAUGCAGAAGAUAGGGGCAGUCCUGUUUCUCAUCAGUGGCUUCAUUGUCAUGAUCGGAUGCAUGACUCUGAUCAUCCUGGACUGGGUCCACCAGGCCACCGGUCACUAAGAGACAGCGUGAAUGACAGACAGGCUGGACGUGUGAGUCCCUAGCGGUGCUUAGCUGCUGUCCAGUCCUCCGCUGUUCCUGUUCUUAUUGUUAGAACAGCAAACAAAAUUAACAAACCCCUGCUCUUGUUCUAGCUCAGAGCAAAGAACUUCCUACCAUUCUGAGAGAAUGUGCUCAACACUGUACAGUAUGCCAUUAGACCACAAGGAUGGUGCUUUAUCUUAUAUUUUUGUUGCUAUGGCAGGUUUUUUAAAUUAGUUUCCCCAGCUUUUUUAUGCAUUCUGCACAGUUCUCUGUAUUUAGCUACUCAAACCAAAACCCCAACUAGUCGCAAUUCCAUGUCGCAACUCAUCCUACUCAAGAUCUAGUAUUUGACUUCUCUUUGUAUCUUUGCCAAAUGAAAACCCUUUCCUAACGGUUUAUAUAUCAAAAUGCACUUAAUCAAUGUAUAUGUGAAUGUCGUCAACUCAAACUUUACUACUCAGCUUUGAUCGUACUAGUUAUAAUGACUACUUUGACUUUUUGACUACUAUAUUAGUCAACUUCUUAAAAAAACAAGUAGAUUUACUAAUGAACAAAAUUCUUAUCUUUAGCCCUUCACCUGAGGUUUUGGUAGUAGAUCAAGACACUGUCAGAAAAAAGGUACUGUACAUUUGUGUUCCUUGGGGUACAAUAAGUUAAUGUUAUAAAGGUACACUACACUAAUACUUUCCCAGGUAGAUACAAAAGGAACAAAAAUAUCCACCAUUUUAGUACCUUUUUUUUAUUAUUAUUACACCUUAAUUUACAACACGGUGAAAAGUUGAGAAGACAUUUUACAGCAAUAACCUCAUUGCCCAAAAGGCAAGCACGAAAGAUAAAUUACUGUCCUUCUGACUGUUAGAAGGCAAGAAAGUAUAUCUUUAAAGAUAUGUAAAUUUCACAUUACUAAGCAGACAGUACAUUUACAUUUCAAGAAGUAGAAGAUGAGACAAUUCAACUUUUCCAUCUUCAGUAUUUAUUAACGGCAGCUUAGGGUUCUUUGGAUUGUUUACGUGUGAGAAGGUGAGACGGCAAGAAAAAAAAAGAGAUAAAGAAAGGUUGAGUUUUAUAAAAAUUGUCACGUCCACUGGUCUGUUAUGAGCCGCUAAGUGAAUUUAGGCUGCCACUGUGCAGCCUUCAUACACACGUUAGUACAACCUCACUAUGAUUACUGUCACUAACCUUGUGUCAUCUAAAAAUGUAUUGUCCAACACUUAUUUAUAGAACAUCAAUGUAAUUUAAUUCUAUUUUACUAUAUUUAUAGAUUGUAAAUAUAUGUAAGUACAAAGCAAAUGAAGUGUAUAUAUAUGCAGUUUAUAUAGUAGACACAUGUUUGUUCCUUUUUUCUUCUUUUUCUUUUUUGUAAGAUUUGCUCAGUGUUUCAAACUCAAUUAUAAAUAUCUGCCACUGAUUUGGGGAAAGUACUGUCUAAUGUUCGAUCAGUGUUAGGCUCUUCCCUGCAACAUGGCUGGAUAUGAAAGACUUAACUUGAAAUUUGUUAUGAUCACAAGAGUCCAUGCUGCUCAUGGGAACAAACUUAUGCUGCACAUUUCUUCGCACAUUAAGACUAGUCUGCUGUAUUUAAGCAAGAGAGGGCGAGGAGCGCAAUCCUCAAAUGUGGAUGGCCAGUCAUACAAGUGAUCUUGUUUCAGUGAAACGCUAUGUAUAUUAUGUAAUUACUAUUCAAUAAACUAUUAAAAAUGUCA